AUGGUCGCCGGCGGCGACAUCGGCGCGCUGGAGAACAUGAUCAUCUGCCCGACUGCCCGUGGCUUCAUGCUGGCCCGGGACCCCAUCUCCCUGUCCACUUUCCUCUGGAGCUCCCAGACCCGCCUCAAGAUCGAGCUCCCGCCCCUGGGACUCGACGUCGACGACGACCUGCUAAUCCAGUGCAACUGCCUGCUCUCCGACAAGCCCACGGCUCCCGGCUGCGUCGUGCUCCUGGCCCAGCCCGACGCCCCCCUCAUAUGGUUCUGUCACGUCGGGGAUAGCCAGUGGGAGAAGUAUGAGUAUGACAUAGGAACCAUGGCUCUUCCGGACUGGGAUCCGCCGGAGGAGAAGGUGGUGAUAUGCCCGAUCACGGCGUGCCGGGGCAAGUUCUACUUCAACAGCAACACGACCAGUCUCGACGUGAUCGACUUCUGCGGCGGCCUUGCUGCUCCGGUAUUCGGCUCGAUCGCCGUCGAGGAUACCAUUGGUGAGUGUCACGCGAAAGUUUUCUUGGUGGAAUCUCGCGACCAGCUCUAUAUGGUACGCCUGUUGGGCGUCAAUGCCUCGGAGCCGUACCAUGGCGCCACCGUGCACAGGAUGGAUUUCUCGAAGCGACAAUGGUGCGCAGUGGACGACCUCGGCGGCUGCACGUUCCUCCUGUCCAUCUAUGAAUUUGGUGCCUCGUUCUCCGGCGACGGCAGGUGUGGUUUGCGACAGGAUUGCGUCUACUUCCCGGACCGUCACCGGAAAACAUUGCAGGUCUUUAACGUGAAGGAUGGAAGCACAGAGUUGCAGAAACUUGAUGAAGCUCCGGCGGUGUCAGAUAGAGCAUUCUGGGUGCUUCCUAGCAAUCUGUAG